AUGAGACGAUAUCGACCAAGGUCUUCAGCCUCACAAACCUCGAAAGAUUUAUUGCUGGAAAGAAGUUUGCCUUCUCCUUUUGAUUUUAAAGAAAAAACACAAGCCGAAAAUGAGCUGGAAUUUGAACUAAAAUCCUCUGGAAAUUUUGGAACUGUUGAAGAUUCUGAAUCAUCAAGAAAAAGAACGUUAUAGCCCGAUCUCUGUUUUGAGUCGGGCUUUAUCUAGCGUCUACCAAUGCCAGAUUGGGAAUUAACGAACCAAUGCUUAUUGGCAAAGCGAAUUCCCAGAUGGCAAAUCUCCAAUCACAAGAGGGUUUGCAACCUGGGGAGUUGGCUUUGUAAUCAACCAUUGGCUCGCCAACUCUCCAUUUGAUGCGGGGAGACAUCAGCAAGCCCGAUCCAAAGCAGGAAUCAGGCUAUAGACUUACUAGAAACCCAAACCCAAAAUUUCAAUAAAGAUUUAGAAGACCAGCUUAUUGCAAGGGACCAUCACAUAAAUGAGCUAAAUAACUCAAUUUUGAUGCUCACUUCUCUUCCCAAAAAUGUGUAAAUAUAGUAAAAUUCUUUGUGAUUUUUUUAUUAGUAAUUCUUUUUACAUAUAAUUACUAAAAAAAUAAUAUAUUAAAAAACAUAAAACCCUUUCUAAGCGAUAAAAAAUUUUGUUUUUCACAGAGAAAAAGUCAGAACAAUCGUGAAGAUUAAAGAAGAUGAGAUAAGCCAGUUAAAAAACACAAACCUGAUGGAAAGCGAGUCAAGAGAUUCAAUUGAGAAUUAUAAAAAACAAAUUGAAGAGUACAGAAAAAGCGAUUGCUUACUAAGCAGUGAAAAAGAAAAGUUGAAAAAAGAAAUCGAAGAAACUAAAGAAAAAAUUGCUGAAUUAAAAUCUCAAUUAGAAAUUAAAGAAAGCAGCCAGAAUGAAAUAAAAAAAGAUAUUAAAGAGAUUUCAGAAGUGUUUACAAGAAUGUCAUCUCUUAAUUCAGAAUUGCAAGAAAAAGUUGAAAAAUUAAGUGAAGAGUUACAAGAAACUUACAGGAAAUAUUAUGAAGCUGAAAUAAAAGCAAAAUUUGCAGACAAACUGCAGCUAGAAAUUGACAGUAUUAUAAAAUCAAAAUCCAAAUUAAAAAGAGAAAAUACAUCUUAUUUAGCCACACAAGAGAGCAUUAAAGAAAAGCUUUCCCAAGCUAAUGAAGCAAUAUUAGCUUACGAAGAAAUGCUGAAUUCUUUACUUGCAGAUUUAAAAUCUGAAGAAUACCUCGAAAACAAGCUAAAAUCAGCAGCUCAAUUUUGCAUUGAUUUUCAAGAAAUGAAUGAAAAAUUAAAAAAUUCUUUAAAUUCCGCUGAUUUCCACCAGGAAAAUAAUAAUCAAAAAAAUGAAGAAAUCAAAAAUGCUAAAAUAGAACAACUAGAAGAAGAAAAUUCUAACUCUCUCUGUGCGAGUGAACAAAAAUAUUGUAAAAUUCCCUGCUUUUUUGGGUAAAAACUUAUUAAAAAUUUUUACAAAUUAAUUAAUACUAAUUCAUAUUAUUUCGUGAGGAAUAAAAUUUUUUUAUUCACUCACUGAGGGAGGGAGUAAGCAAAGGAUUCAGAUUACUGAGCUGAACGAAAAAAUUGAGACUCUUCAAUUGGAAAUAGAUACAUUAACACGCCUAAAUCAAAGGUUCCUUCACACGACACCUAUUUCAUAAGCUAUUUUUUUGCCCAUUUUUUUUUGCCUAUUUUUUGCCUAUAUUUUUCACCUAUUCUAUUUUUGCCUAUUUUUUCAUCUAUUUUUUUUCUAUUGUUUUCGGAUAUUUUUGGCUUAUUGUUUUUUGGCCUAUUUUCCAAAAUAAAAUAGGUGAAAAACAAGAAAUUUAGGCCAAAAAUUAAUUAUUAUGAAAUAGCCACAAAAUCAAAAGCUUAAAAGUGACUUUUUAGAAAGCACCUCAAAAAUAAAAAAUCAAUUUAAUAUAAUAAAAUCCCAGAACGAUAAAUACAAAGAUCAGCGAAAACAAGCAAUUGCUGAAAGAGACACCAAGGACAUAGAGCUUCAAGAAAUGAAAAUAAGACUUGCCCAUGCCUCUGAAAAAAUUGAAAAAAUCAGGGAACAUAACCGAACUUUAAACGAAAAAAUUAGCCAAAUGCAGCAUCAUCACGCGAAUUCCCAAAGCGAGACUUUGCCUUUAGAUAUAUAUAAAAACAGCAAAGAAUUGGCAUAUAAUGAAGUACUUCGUGAAGAAAUUUUUAAAAAAGACACCGAACUUGUACGAAAAUCCAAAGACAUAUUAAGGCUUGAAAAAGAGCUCAAAGAGCUCAAAGAUACCAUAAUUCAGGCAAAAAGUCAAAUAAAUGAAGACGAGUAUCAAAAUAUUUUGGACGACAAAGACAAAGAAAUAGAAAUAUUAAAAGGGAUGCUAAAAGGAGCUUACUCAGAAACCAGAGUAAAAGAAGGCAAGCUGUUUAUGAUGAGAAGGAAGCUUGGAAAUAUAUCUGAUAAGCUUGGAAGUAUGACUGACAGGAAUGAACAUACUCGGCAGCACACGACACUUAUUUAG